UGAUUGGCCGAAGCCUCGUAUGAUGUAGUAGCGUGCAAUGGUUCCAUGUGGGCUCGCUUAAUUGUAGAAUCCGCUCAACUUGUGUGGACGCCAGUGACGUUGGGAAGGUUCAAGCCAACCCACUCGCUCCCCGCAUGACGCCAGUAACCUUUAUCAUCAAACCUCCCUCACAUUGCACUCUCUUCAUCCUCACAGCAGGUCCUUUCCACAAUGCUGACUCGUCUGUUCCGUAUGCAUGGCCUUCUGGUGGCCUCGCAUCCAUGGGAGGUCAUUGUGGGCACCGUCACCCUCACCGUCUCUAUGAUGUCCAUGAACAUGUUCACUGGAAAUGAUCAGAUCUGUGGCUGGAACUAUGACUGCCCCAAAACAGAUGAGCAAAUUCUCAGCAGUGACAUCAUCAUCUUAACCAUCACACGUUGCAUCGCCAUUGUCUACAUUUACUUCCAGUUCCAGAACUUGAGACAGUUGGGAUCAAAAUAUAUUUUAGGCAUUGCGGGUCUCUUCACCAUAUUUUCCAGCUUUGUAUUUAGCACAGUCGUCAUUCACUUCCUUGAUAAAGAAUUAACUGGUCUCAAUGAGGCACUGCCCUUCUUUCUGCUCCUCAUCGACCUCUCUAAAGCAUCUGCUCUUGCCAAGUUUGCCCUCAGCUCCAGUUCUCAGGAUGAAGUUCGGGAAAACAUUGCUCGAGGUAUGGCUGUGUUGGGACCUACGUUCACCUUGGAUGCCCUGGUGGAGUGCUUAGUGAUCGGGGUGGGAACCAUGUCAGGAGUUCGACAGUUGGAAAUAAUGUGCUACUUUGGCUGCAUGUCUGUUUUGGCCAACUAUUUUGUCUUCAUGACAUUCUUCCCUGCAUGUGUCUCGCUGGUGCUGGAGUUGUCUCGUGAGAGUCAAGAAGGACACCCAAUUUGGCAGCUGAGCCAUUUCUCCAGAGUGCUCGAGGAAGAGGAAGACAAUAAACCCAACCCUGUCACCCAGAGAGUCAAGAUGAUCAUGUCCCUAGGCCUGGUUAUGGUUCACGCCCACAGCCGGUGGAUCGCUGAGCCCCUAUCCUUCAACACGACAGUUGGAGUCCCACAUGUUGGCGUGGACAAAGAGCACCUCUCCCCCAGGAGGAUUGAGCCAGUGAUGCCAUUGUGGCACUAUUACCUCACCAGAAUGGUAACCAUGGACGUGGAGCAGUUCAUCUGCCUGGCCUUAGCCCUGCUGCUGGCCAUCAAGUAUAUCUUCUUUGAGCAAGUGGAGAUGGAGUCUACCUUCUCAAUAAAGAAUCCCAUCACCAUGUCCACCUCAUCACUGGUGUCACAAAGAGCGACAGAGGCCUGCUGCAGGAAGGAGCCUCCCCUCCAACACCACGUUCCACCCCUCAGUUGUCCUCCGAGCACCGCAGCAAGCAGAGAAGAUAGAGAUGAGGUAAUCCGACCCCUACUUAUUCCUGUCCCUGUCCCUGGUCCUGAUCCAAAGAGUGUCUUUGUCCUGGAAGAAGACCGGGAAGAGGUCAAGCCUGAAAUCACAGACACGUACCGCCCCCUGGAACCCAGAGGCCUGGAGGAAUGUGUGACUAUCCUGAAAAACCCUGAGCAAGGCUCUCGUUUCUUAAGUGAUGCUGAGGUGAUGCUGCUGGUCAACUCCAAACACAUUCCUGCUUACAAGCUUGAGGCCAUGAUGGAGAUACCUGAAAGGGGCGUGGCCAUACGGAGACAGAUGAUAUCUGCAAAACUUCCCUCUCCCUCCGCACUCUCAUCUUUGCCGUUCACGGACUACGACUACUCCAAGGUGAUGGGUACCUGCUGUGAGAACGUCAUUGGAUAUAUACCUGUGCCAGUGGGCGUGGCCGGGCCGUUACAUCUGGAUGGGAAGCAGUUCCAAGUUCCUAUGGCAACGACUGAGGGCUGUUUAGUGGCGAGCACUAAUCGGGGCUGCCGAGCAAUUGCUCUGGCAGGCGGAGCCAGCAGUCGCAUCCUGGCUGACAGAAUGACCCGAGGACCUGUGGUGAGGCUGCCCACUGCCUGCCAGGCUGCUGAGGUUUCAGCCUGGCUGGAGAGCACAGAUGGUUUCCAGGCCAUCAAAGAAGUAUUUGACAGCACCAGCAGGUUUGCUCGGUUGCAGAAGUUGCUGGUUGGUCAGGCUGGAAGAAACCUCUACAUUCGUUUUCAUUCUAAGACAGGUGAUGCCAUGGGGAUGAAUAUGAUCUCAAAGGGUACAGAGAAGGCACUCGGCAGACUUCAGCAGCACUUUCCAGAGUUGCAAGUACUGGCUGUCAGUGGGAACUAUUGUACCGACAAGAAACCAGCUGCCAUUAACUGGAUUGAAGGCCGGGGCAAAUCUGCAGUGUGUGAAGCCACCAUCCCUGCUCAUGUCGUCAAAGAGGUUUUGAAGACCACGACAGGAGCUCUGGUGGAAGUAAACAUUAACAAAAACCUUGUGGGCUCUGCCAUGGCAGGCAGCAUCGGUGGAUUUAACGCGCAUGCGGCUAACAUGGUGGCAGCCAUCUACAUCGCAUGUGGGCAGGAUCCUGCACAGUCAGUCAGCAGCAGUAACUGCAUCACCCUGAUGGAGGCGUCAGGGCCUACAGGAGAAGACCUGUACAUCAGCUGCACCAUGCCCUCCAUCGAACUGGGCACAGUAGGCGGGGGCACCAACCUCCCUCCCCAGCAAGCUUGUCUUCAGAUGUUGGGUGUGCAAGGUGCCAGUGAAGACUGUCCAGGGGCCAAUGCCAGACAACUUGCGAAGAUCGUGUGUGCCACUGUGCUGGCUGGAGAACUCUCACUAAUGGCUGCCCUGACAGCUGGACACCUGGUCAAGAGUCACAUGACACACAACAGAUCCAAGGUGAACCUUCAAGAGACUGGAGGAACAUGCACCAAAAGCGCCUCCUGAGAGAACGACUGCUGCAUGAUUUCCUUCUGUCAGCAUUGCUAUUGGCUGAAUCAGCUAACUAAGGACAAAAUGGCCAACAUAAAGGGACAGGAUGCAACUACAAAAGUUAUUUUAGAAAGUUCACUCAUCAAUCUGUUGUUGUUAAAUUACAUCUGCGGAAUAAAUGGUCUGCUUGGAUCACAUGGACAGAAUUGUGAUCCAUAUGAUGCACUUUUAACUCAAACCUCUCAUAAAAAUCAUGUUUUUCUAUUUUAGAAUACAUAAUUUUGUAGUGGUAAUCAUCACCAGGAAUAAGUACAAAAUUUGCUACUUUAAUAGGUGCCAAUCAAUUUCCUGCGAUACUUCUUGGUACCAAGUCACGUCAAAUCGGAGGUAUAUUUCCAUUUGUCUGUUACAUGUGACGUUCUGUUUGCUUGCAAACUCAGCAUUGGCUCAAGCAUCUAACCAUUUCAUCCGAUUCCGAUGCCUGGGGUGAAGAUUUGAUUCAGAAUCUGAUUGUCGAUUCAAACAGAUUCUUGCAAUGUAUUAUUUGGUACAAUAGUUAUAACUAAACUUAAAAAGUAAUUAAAAAAACAGGUUAGAAAAGCUCUUUCUGGUUGCACUGAGAUGGCCUAAAAAUGUAUUUUAUAAAACUGAUACUUUUUUAAAAUCUUUUUUUAUUUACGUUUUAGGAUAUUUUAAAUCUAUUUUGAAUCAAAUAAUGGGCAAACGGUUGUAUUUGUUGUGGACUGCCUCUAAGUAAUGUUACAAUUUUCCAUGACAACUAAGCAAGCCUGUCUGACAGAAAGCGCUCAAAAGUAAGGCUCAGUUUUUAUUAAAAUGCGCUAGCCCUCGGCUAAUUUGCGCUGGAUAUACCAUACACAUGCUACUGAUUAGCAUUAGCAAUUUCACAUGGCGAUUUCGACACCUCCAAAUGUGUUAAUGAAAACUGCGACUAAGGUGCAUGUUGCAAUCAAACAGCAGCCUUUAUACUUGGGGUAUAAACACUUUUUAGGGCACAACACACUGCUUCCUGGAAAAAGUUACUUCCUUGUUAGACAACAUACCAUUGAUGGCCUAUACCAGUGGUCCUCAAUAAGUACAUUACUUACAGUACAAACAUUUUGGAGGACUCAACACAAGACUGACACAUUCAACUUUAAUAGUAAAUGUUUUAUGUGGUUAUGUGCGAUGUUUUUUUCCUUUCACAAUAUGCCAUAAACAAACAAAACAUGAGCUGCAAGCGACAAACUGACCCCGCAGGCCAGACUUUGGACACCACUUACAGGAAUAUUUACCAUUAUCAAUGUUGGUUUUUAUCCUCCACGUUGUGCCAAGAUACUGUUCUUCACUUUCAAUGUCAAACUCCCAGAAUAAGUGUCUGGAUUAAACAUCGAUCACAGAGGACUCGAGUUAUCCUCGGUGAUGACUAUGCUGCAAAAUACCCACAAACAAUCUGUCGAAAUAAUGGCUGGUCAGCACGAAAUCACAUUGUUUACAGUGCAAGCGGACUGGAAACCUUUAUGCUGUCCUCAGCAGCGUCAUGCGGAUGUUGCUCAACUGACCAUUGAACGAAUGCAAGAAUCCUCUUGUUCCAAUUAAUACAUUAUAAUAAAAAGUACCUUUAAGUAAA